GGCGUCACCAGUAGCUGUCACAUCGUAGCUUUAGCUUUAGCUCGCAGACUACAAGCAGUCGUCGGAGUUCGUUCAAAGAAAUUUACUUUCAAAAUGUCAGCAGCCGGUCCAGAAGGUUCUGGCGCAGCGUCAGGAAACAAGCGCUUGCAGCAGACCCAGGCCCAGGUCGAUGAGGUGGUGGAUAUAAUGCGUGUAAAUGUGGACAAAGUACUGGAACGUGACCAGAAACUUUCUGAACUGGAUGACCGAGCAGAUGCACUGCAGGCUGGAGCCUCCCAGUUCGAGACCAGUGCUGCUAAGCUGAAGAGGAAAUACUGGUGGAAAAACUGCAAGAUGUGGGCCAUCCUGAUAGCCGUCAUCGUGAUCAUCAUCAUCAUCAUUAUUAUUUGGAGUUACUCCUAAGACGGCAACAACAGGCAGGGGGAGUGGAGGAAACGAUGAAGAAGAGGAGAGAAGCAACGUAGCUAAUUAAAGUCUCGGAGGAAGACGUCACGUGAUAACUGGCUACUGAGAUCCACAACUUCAUUCCUUGUCCUGGUUUGCCCUUAGUGUGUGUGUGUGUGUGUGUGUGUGUGUGUGCGCGUGUGCGUGUGUGUGUGCGCGCACAUGUGUCUGAGUAAAGGAUUUUAGUUUUAACCUGCAUUACUACACCAUACCGGAUAUCUUUAAACUUAUAUUAGAGUUCUCAGUCGCUUGCCAAAGAAAACAGAAACAUACAUUCAGAUAUAAUUAAACUCGACUUAAAGCUAUUUCAAACAUGAACUGAAUUAUCUUGAAUCUAUGACAAAUCAAUCACUCACACACACACACACACACACACACACACACACACACACACACACACA